UUCAAGUUUGGGAUACAGCCUCAUUUGUGACUCUUUUAUGACUUAUCUUUUGUCUUGUUACCACAGCAGGGGAUACUUGUGCUGAUCCUGGUAUCCCACCUGGCGCCACAAGAGAUGGGAACGCAUUUGGAAUUGACGACAAAGUGACUUACAGCUGCAAUGGCGAACUGUUUUUGGUGGGAUCGAGUGAGAGAGUGUGUCAGGAGAACGGCCACUGGACUGGCAAAGAGCCAGCAUGUUUCUACAAACACACCUAUGACACUCCAUUGGAGGUUUCACAGGAAUUUGGCAGUGCGAUCAAAGGCAGCCUAACCACUUUAGAGCCCAUUGAUGACACACAGGAGGGGAGAAAAAUCAGGAUUUCAAAAAAUGGUACACUUGACAUCUAUAUCGCAAUGGAUAUUUCUGCGAGCAUCGAAGAAAAACACUUCAAUGAUGCAAAAAAUGCUGUCACAAAACUUAUAGAAAAGAUUGCAUCCUUUACUGUGACUCCAAACUAUGAAAUAGUGUUUUUCUCCUCUGAAGUUUUUGAAGUUGUCAGAAUUCUUGAUUUUUUGGAUAAAAAAAUAACACUAAAAGCCGUCCUGACGGAAUUGGAAAACUUUAAAAUAGGCGAGAAAAACACUGGAACAGAUCUGAACAGCGUCUUUACAACAUUCUUGGAGCGAAUGGCUAUUAUAAAGCAACAAGUUGGAGAAGAGCGUUUUAAGGAACAUCGUCACGUCCUUAUCUUUUUUACAGAUGGUGCUUAUAAUAUGGGCGGAUCACCUGCACCCACUGUUGAACAAAUAAAGAACAUGGUAUACAUGAACCAGACUGGUCCUCAAUCGAAUCAAUCAAGAGAAGAAUAUCUGGACAUUUAUAUUUUUGCCAUUGGAGCGGAGGUCUUUGAUAGCGACUUACAGCCCCUCGCAACAGGGAUCGGUGAUAGGCAUUACUACAAAAUGAAGGACAUUACGAAUUUACAAGAGACCUUUGAUGAUAUAAUUGAUGAAGAAGAAGUUAAGGGUCUAUGUGGUCUUCACAAGGAUUAUGAAACACAAAAUGGCAACAAGAGGCAAAGGUACCCAUGGUGGGCAUCCAUUACUAUCAAGAAUCAAGGAUUGCCAAGGGACUGCCUUGGCUCUCUGGUGACCACAAAGUUUGUCUUGACUGCUGCUCACUGCUUCACAUUUGAAGAUUUACCUAAGCACGUCAAAGUUGUUAUUGAUGAUGGACAGGGCAAAGAAAAAAAAAUUAAAACUUUCAAAAUACACCCACAGUACAAUAUCAGUGCUAAAGUGAAUAAGGGUGUGAAGGAGUUCUAUGACUAUGAUGUGGCUCUCAUCCAACUAGAGGAAGAUGUUAAUAUCUCCAGUGCUGCUAGACCUAUUUGCAUACCUUGCACCCAAGAGACCAGUGAUGCUUUAAAACUGGUUGGUGAAUCCACCUGCAAGCAACAAGAGGACAUUCUGUUGAAGACUCAUCUUGAAAGUCUCUCGUUUCUGACUAAGAAAGGGAUCACGGUACAUGAAAAAGAUGUCAAGGCUAAAAUUGGCGACAAUAGAGAUGACUGCAUCAAACAUGCACUAGAAGCCCCAGGCAUCCAAACGAAUGAUCCAAAGGAGGUCGUGACUGAUAACUUUCUGUGCACUGGUGGUCAGGAACCUACUGUAGAUCAUAUAUCAUGUAAAGGUGACUCUGGAGGUGCUGUGUACAAGAACUAUGAGCAUCGCACAAUACAGGUUGCAUUGGUCAGCUGGGGAACCAAGGAUUUGUGUGGGUCGGGUGGAGGUGUCGUCAACUCAGAUCGGACCUCCAGAGAUUUCCAUAUUAAUCUUUUCAGAGUUGUCCCUUUUCUCAAAUCGAUCCUUGGAGAUGACACACUUGACUACGCACCACUUACGUUUUUGAAAAGCUAAAAUGUAUUUGCAUACUGUAAUUUGGCAUUCUGUAAACACUAGCUUAUGUGAUUUUGCUACUGAUUUAAAGUUUUCUCAGACAAUAAAAAAGAUUACAUUUUCAGAUAACAUUUUCUCAUGAAAAGCAUACAUAAACACACAUGUUCACAAAAACGCAUGUCACAUUCCCAAAAUAUCAUGUACAGUCAUGCAAAUAGUCAUGUACUUCAUCAUUAUUCAGUAUUGUCAGUGGUCAAUCAGGAUGUAAAGAAGUUAAAUAAUCAGUAUAAACCUGCGUCUUGAUGUUUUUGAAGUUAUUAAACAGCUGGCUUUGCUUAUAUACAAGUGAAGAUAUUUUAAUAUAACUCACUGACAUUACAAUGCCGACAUAUAUUUUGUAAGUUCCAAAUUGCUAAUUAUCUCUAUGCAGGAAUGGAAUGAGUACCCUUUAUUUAGAGAAAGUGAUACAUAAUAUAAUUUGAAAUCCAAAAAUGUUUAUGCAUUCACAAUCACAGGUGAUUAAACAUUUUUUUCUCUCAGGCCUUUUCCAAAACUAUAUAAAAGGCAUGACUUAAAGAAUUACUACAGCACUUAAAAGGUUUCAUCAAAACUCUUUUAUGGAUCAGCUCCCCUGCAGGUCAGUGACUGAGGGCUCAUUUCCAGCUCUCUUUGCAGGCCUACGCAAUGCGGACAGUCCACCUGGCAGGUUGCCAGCUUGGAUCAUUCAAUAUUGAAUUUAGUGGAAGUUACUUUUUUUGUGAGUAAUUAAGAUAGUUUUUUUGUCUGGCUUUGAGAUGGAAAUUAACUAAGUUUGUCUUUCAUUACUGUGUCUUUACAGCCCACAAAACAAACCAUUGCAUUACAAAUGAUUUG